AUGGCAGACUCACAUGCAGAGACCGCAAGUAACGCAACGCCAGAGAUCGUUGAAAAACCAGACGCGGAGAGUCGUGAUGAGAAUGACAAAACGACCUACGAACCGAUCGCCGCUGAAACCCGGAAUCACCACCUGACCGUUCAAAAGACCGAUUCCCACGGCUCUAGACCGCUAGACCGCUGCUGGUCCUUGAAUGAUGGUUACAGCAUUGGAGCAGCAGAUGAGGAGGUCGACAACAAUGGCGUUUCCCAGGAACAGGCACAGACGGACGGGGCCGCGGGCUCUGAAUCGGAGCUGUUGGUCGGCUGGGAGGAGAACGAUCCGAUGAAUCCUCGCAAUCUGAGCCUUUUGAGACGAUGGCUGAUCGUGAUUAUCAUCUCCGUACGGCUCAAUUUGCGUGUAAGUGCAGUCUCCACUCUUGCGUGUGAAUCGCGCGCUGAUCGGGCUUCCAGGACCUGCACCUCGUCCAUGUAUGUCAUGACAUACGCCCAAUUGAUGGAGGAAUUCCACUGUUCGCGUGAGGUUGCGACUCUGGGAUUGACGACCUACAUUUUCGGUCUCGGUAUGUGGACAUGUCGUCCGGCCGAUAUUACUGAUGCUGAUGCUCGCUUUAGGCGUCGGUCCAUUGUUCCUGGGUCCUCUGUCGGAGAUACUGACGAUUCGCAGUUCUACGGUCGAAGGAUCAUCUACAUCGUAUCUUUUACCUUUUUCGUGAUAUGGCUUAUCCCGUGUGCCGUCGCACAGAACAUCCAGACCAUGAUCGUGGUCCGUUUCUUCAGCGGUCUGGCAGGCAGCGCCUUUCUGAGCGUGGCGGGAGGAACUGUGGGCGACUUGUUUGCUCGCAACGAGCUGGCUGCGCCGAUGAUGAUCUACACGGCCAGUCCGUUUGUUGGGCCCGAACUAGGUCCUCUUGUCGGCGGAUUUAUCAAUGAAUUCAGCACGUGGCGCUGGACAUUUUACGUCCUUCUCAUCUGGAGUGGAGCAAUGUUGGUUGCGAUCACUGUGUUCGUGCCAGAAACCUACCAUCCUGUCCUCUUGAAGCGCAAGGCAAUCAAACUGCGCGCGGAAACGGGAGACCAGAGAUAUAUCGCUCCGAUGGAGAAGACGAAGAAGUCGAUCUUGCAGACCAUCAUCCAAUCGAUCUACCGACCUAUGUUGCUGUUGACGUUGGAACCGAUGUGUCUGAAUCUGUGCAUCUUCUCGGCCAUCCUGCUUGGGAUUUUGUAUCUCUUUUUCGGCGCUUUCCAGACGGUCUUCAGCGGUGUAUAUGGUUUUAGUCUGUGGCAGGUCGGCUGCUCUUUUCUCGGAAUCUUUGUUGGCAUGAUGUUUGCCAUUCUCUCUGAUCCGCUCUGGCGCAAGAACUACGCGCGUCUCGAAAGGAAUCACACGGCGGCGGCGGGAGAAAAGGCCGAGUUUAUGCCGGAAUGGCGGCUGCCUCCAGCUAUCGGCGGUGGCCCUUUCGUGACGGUGGGACUGUUUAUCUUUGCGUGGACGACCUAUCCUAACGUCCAUUGGAUUGCUCCUAUCAUUGGCAGCGCUCUUUUUGGGACAGGCCAGUGCUCUGGCAGCCAACAGCUUUGCUCGAUCGAGCUUUGCGGGGAUCUUUCCUCUGUUUGGAACAUACAUGUACCAACGCCUGGGCAACCAGUGGGCGACGACUCUUUUGGCAUUUUUGACCUUGGCCAUGCUUCCUUUCCCAUACAUAUUCUUCCGCUACGGCAAGCAGAUCCGCAAGAAGAGUCGAUUCGCGACGUCGAUGACCUAGGCUUGACUCGACUGGAUGAGUCGAGUCAGUCAUUGUCUAUAUAA